AUGUGGAUUAUUUGUACGUGGAAAUUGUGGGUUGUUUCAUUUGGUGCUGAAGAUAAUAUUGAUAAUGUGCUAAACAGACCAUCUGUGGCGUCCUCAAUGUUCUUAGCUUGGAUGCAUUGUAAUCAAAUUUAUCAAGAAGCACGAGAACUCACUUACGUUGAAUUUCCUACAAUGUUUGUGCGGAAAUUGGACGAACGACAUUGGGAUCGAAGAAAAAAGGGGUUCUCAAUUGGACGGAUUCAUUCAGUUUCUCCUACUGUAGGAGAAGGGUAUUACUUACAAAUUCUUCUUAAUAAAGUCAAAGGUCCAAAAUCAUUUGAAGACAUUCGUACAGUUAAUGGAAAAACAUUUCUGACUUUUAGAGAUGCAUGUUAUGCUCUUGGGCUUUUAGACAAUGACAAGAAAUAUAUUGAAGCCAUUGAAGAGGCAAAUUUAACUGCAUCUGGUUUUUAUCUCCGUUUCUUAUUUGCAACCAUGCUGAUUUCAAACAGUUUAUGUAGACCUGAAUUUGUUUGGGAAAAAAACAUGGCAAUACUUAGCAGAUGGGAUUCUGUACAAUCAACGGAAUUGCUUUACAGUCGCCAGAAUAUAACUUUGUUUGAAAUUGAAAAUAUUUUUCUUCGUAACAAUUACACGUUGAAAGACUUCACUACACUGCCUUAUCCAGAUAAUGACUCGCUUGAAUCCUCAAACAACCGUUUGAUUGCAGAAGAACUGGAUUAUAAUCAUCAUAAUUUACGAGAUGAGUUUCACACACUUGUAACUGCUCUAACAAAUGAGCAAAGAGGUGUGUAUAAUGAAAUCAUGACUGCGGUUGAAAAGAAAAAAGGUGGUGUAUUUUUUGUUUAUGGGCAUGGCGGAACAGGUAAAACAUUCCUAUGGAAGACCUUGGUUGCAUCAAUAAGAUCUAAAGGAGAAAUUGUUUUAAAUGUUGCUUCCAGUGGUAUUGCAUCUUUACUUCUUACCGGUGGCAGAACAGCACACUCUCGGUUUCACAUCCCGCUCAUUCUCAAUGAAGAUUCUCUUUGCCAAAUGAAGCCAGACAGUGAUGUUGCAAGCUUAAUAAAUAAAACUACUUUGAUAAUAUGGGAUGAGGCACCAAUGGUUCAUAAACAUGCAUUUGAAGCAUUAGAUAGAAGUAUGAAUGAUAUUUUCAAUGCUCAACGCAGUGGUGACUCAAUUAUGAUUUUUGGGGGUAAGGUAAUUAUUUUUGGAGGAGAUUUCAGACAGAUUCUGCCAGUUAUUCCCAAUGCAGGUAGACAAGACAUUGUAAAUGCAUCAUUAAGUUCAUCUUACAUUCGGGAAAAAUGCAAAGUCCUAAGGUUAACUAGAAACAUGAGGCUAACUGCAAACAGUGAAAGUUCAGAAAUUGAACAAACAAGGGAUUUUGCAAAAUGGAUUUUGGACUUAAGAGAAGGAAAAGUUGGAGGUAAUAAUGAUGGUGAAACAGUUAUUGAGAUACCUCAUGAUCUUCUCAUUACCGAUUGCAUCGAUUCUAUAUCUGCAUUAAUCGAAUUUGUCUAUCCCUCAAUAUUUUGA